AUGAAAAGAUAUAGACGAGCGGCCCGUAAUUCAAGAGCAGCAAUACUUGGCUCUCACGAAGAUUUCUUUGCAGAGAAUGCUAGCUUUGAUGAGUACCUCCGUGCUAGAUAUAGCCAAAAUAUGCUUACCGAUGAGGCAGCUCUAACUGCAAAGAGAAAAAAGAGACACAGGGCAACUCAAUUCUUAAAGAGGUACCUUCAACGCAUUUUUCAUAUAAAGUUUGCCCAGAAGAGGACUCAAGCUAUUUAUCCUGUCAUCGGAAACGCCGCUGAUAUCCCCGAUUAUGAGACCAUCGUCCCAGCACACCAUGUCACGACCCCAAUGGCAACAUCUCCAGUUUCGAUUCGUCUCAUUAACAAGGUCAGAGGUGGGAUAAGGAUUAAAUCCUCAGACACAGUUUACUUGCUUUCUCCGGUGUCAGACAAGUCUUCAGUCAAUUCGCUAUUUGAAGAUGACCACGUUUCGCUCCGGGGUACUGGAGCCACAACUGCUGAUUCUAAUAUUAAUACAGCGUUGAUAGAACCACCACCAGAAUCACAAUUAUAUGAAACGACAAAGUAUAAAGAUUUCUCGAUCACCAUGCAUUCACGAAAACCAUUCUUAGGACUAACGUUUUGCUGCACAGGGGUCGAGACAGCUACGAGAAACGAGAUCAUGAAGAUUAUAGAAUCAAUGGGAGGUGUACAGUACCUAGAUCUCAUGUCGGAUGUACAAUACCUUAUUGUCGCCAACAGGAAAACCCAGAAAUACCAAUUCUGUGUCAAGAAUCGAACAAACAUGAAGUAUCUCACGAAAGAUGCCAUAUUCAAAAUCCACGAUCAAUGGUUAGCGGGUGAUGACAACGUGGAGAAAUUGCUAGAGGAACACACACUACCAAUAUUCGGCGAAAUAAGAGCUUGCUUUUCCCGAGUUGAGCCACAUUCAUCUCAAGUCACGCAUCUACUCAGCGCUAGUUUUAGGAAUGCACGGGCGGAACAAUUCACUGAGUCGCUGCUUCAAAAACAGUUUACCAAGAAUGGGGGCCAUGCCAAAGAAUCACUACUGAAUGAUCAGCACUGCAUGAUAAGUGCGGAACCAAGGGGAACGAGGUACAACAAAGCAGUGGAAUGGGGCAUUCCAGUUAUACAUCCUGUUUGGAUCAUUGAUAGCUUACUACGAGGGGCGGCUUUGGACUUUGACGAUUAUUUGUUGACAACAGAUGCAGAGGAGAUGUAUGAAAACGGGUGUAAUGUUUGGCAAGAGCUUGGGAAUGGAGAGAAGAGACUUGUGACGAAGCAAUUAAUUGGAGUGCCAGUGGAGGGACCAAGGAAGCUCAAUCGUGGUAAGAGGACAGAAAUAUGGAACUCGAUUAUGGAGCAUACAAAUUAUGAGGGAAAAGGAUCGAUGACCGACAAAACUUGGGACGAAGAAAGUGACUCUGAGAACAAUGAGGAAAUUGAAUAUGCAAAGCCUGUUGAAGCAAAGAGUCGAAGCAGUCUUUUUCUUGGAUUCAAGUUUCUUUUGGUUGGGUUUACUGCCAGAGAGUCUGAUUUGUUGAGCGGUGGAAUAGAAGCAUUCCAAGGAGUGAUUACGACUGAUGUUGGUGACAAAACCACGACUCAUAUUAUUGUUCCCGCAAGUAAAGGAAGCGAUACGUCCAACUUGUUGCGAGCUAUACCUAGUGGCAUCAGACCGUUGAUUACAAGUGGAGAUAUCAAGGUUGUUACUGAAUUUUUCAUUGAGAGAUGCAUUUUUUACAAAAAGGUGGUUUUGGACCGAUGGGGCCAGCCUAUCAAAGGAUUGCUUGCUUCCUCAAAGAGGUUCAAGGUAUCUACCUCAGGAUUCACUGGUAUUGAGUUGUUGCAUAUAGAAAAGCUCAUCAAGUUUUUAAACUUUGAAUACUGUGAAUCCUUUUCAGAGCAGCGGGAUUUACUAAUUCUCAAUGUCAACUUAUUCAAGGAGAGUUUUGUGAAAAACUUGCCCAAAUUGUUUCAAUACCCAAACAAGGACGUACUCAAUUGUCCCACUUACCAAUCGGGCCAGUCCUCAGUGUCGUUGCUAUCAGCAAAGAACAAGAUCGAGGCAGCGAAAAAGUGGAGUAUUCCCAUUGUGUCAAUCGCUUAUUUGUGGGAAAUAUUUGAAAAAUCUCAAUACAAGUCAGCAUUGGUUAUGGUCGAGUUGAAUGAUCCGCAAUGGUGUGUCCAUGCUCCGAUUAAUUAUAUUCGACCAAAGUCAUUGAUUGAGUACAUCAGGGACAUGGAUAGGUCAAUCAAUAGCGAAAUGCGCAAAGAGAGUGAAGACGCGAUAAGACUACCAUCACCGAGAAAGGCUAGACAAAGGCAGAAAUACGGAAAGUUGAUGGGAAGCGUGUCGCCGCUGUCCAUGAAGAGCAGGAUCAUGGAUGUGGCCAAGAGUUCGAUGACGUCAAGGUCAACUAUAAAUAUUGACGGUGAGGAUGAGAAUGGAGAAGGCACGGAGAAGGGUGGUAUAAACUGUGACGUUACAAACGACGAAGAGCUCUCGUCUCAAGUGAGGUAUGAUGAUUCAGAAUCGACCAUCAAUCAGGAGCGCCUAUUAAAGAAGUUGGAAGAGGAGUCGCCUCAGUACAAGCGUGAAAUGACUGCAAAAGGUAGCGCCACAAAACGCAGAAAAACAAGAGGGCAGUAG